CCCCCCGCCGCCGCCUUCAUUUCCCGUGAAGCGAUGGGCAGCGGAGCCGGGCCUCUCUCGCUCUCUUAUUCUCUGCCUCCUCGCUCCCUUCCUGCAACCUUCGUGGCUCAGUUCGGGUCCCCGGCGCCUCCUCCAUCCCUCCGUCCCUUCCCUCCCACCUACCACAUCUCCCUUGAGCGGACGAUCCCCUCGGAUCCCCCUCCCUUGAGCGGACGAUCCGGUGAGGAGCAGGUAUCGGAGGGUCUUCUCCGCUGAGGAGCAGGGCUUCAUGCAACGCCUCUGUCAGUCUGUAAGAUCAUCUAUCCCGACCAGGGUAUCUUCUAUAGUAUCUUUUUCUAGCAAAUCUCCUCAGGGGUUCCAUGAAGAUGGUUGUCCCUGGGAGUGCCCCUAUAAUUCAGCCAGACCAUAGUCUUGGAACUGAACUCAGCCGGGGCUCAGCAGAGAACUCUGUGAUGGGUCCCGAUACUGAACCAGUGGAUGAUCAAGUGGGCCCUGAGCUAGAAGAGGUGCGGAAAUUGCAAGAACUUGUGAGGAGACUUGAGCUCCAGAAUGAGCAGUUGAGAACUAGAAGCCUUCAAAGUGUGCCAGAGGCAAAACUGCUGAGCCAAGCUGGCGCUAGAGUGGAUAAUUGCAAUUCCAGGCUCAAUGGGAUGGAAAUGAAUAAUAGCAUCAACACUCUGAUGGAUAAACAGGAAUUGCAGAUAGUGGCAGACUUACACUCUGCACUGAGUAAAAUGAGUUCAGAAGCUGAGGAGACUGAUGACAUCUUGCAAAAGGAUGUAGAGGCCACAGAACAGAACAACUGUACCAGUGGUUGUGGGGAACAGCCUCCUAACGCAAAGUUUGUGAGCAAUACAGAAAUGCAGAACAGUGAUGCUAAUACCAAUGACUUGUCUAGUUGGAAUGGUGGCAGCACAGUGCUAGUAGAAGACUUCAUCACAGGUAUUGAGCCAGCACUGAGAAAGAGCGAAGGGGAUGCAGAAGUAGAACACCUCUUUAAUGAGACAACUCUGGAUGAAGUGGAGCUGUUAGAACUUGAGAAUGCUGACGAUGAAGAGGACACCUGGCUGUAUGUGUCUUCAAGAAAAAUACCAGCAGAUGAAAAGGAGUCUCCCCUGAAGUGGUGUAGGCAUGUGUUAGACAAUCCUAGUCCUGAGACGGAGGCAGCCUGCCGUACCCUAAUUAGCAGACUUGACCAAGCCAGUAGGUGGAAAUCCAUGUAUUGCGGUCCACUGGCAUCUUCAAGUGUGCAUAACUUGAAUACAGACACAGGGUCCUGUAGCAAUGCACUAAACAUACCCGGGUACUGCAAAUCAACUAACAAACCGCUACUAACUUGUGGCAGCUCAGGUUAUGUGGGCAUGCAUUCAGCAUUGAGCUCUCAGUCUUCCGUUGACAGUGAACUCAGUACCUCAGAUGACUCUAUCACGAUGGGAUACAAACUGCAAGACUUGACAGAUGUGCUGGUUAUGGCCCGUCUACAGGAAGAAAGUCUUCGCCAGGAUUAUGCCUCCAGCUCAGCCUCUGUUUCCCGUCGUAGUUCCAGUGCUUCUUUGCAUUCAUUGCGCAAAGGCACCUACAGUGACCAAGACUUUGACACAUACAGUCUGGAGGAUGAGGAUGAUGGCUGUUCCUUUUCCUAUCAUAGUAGCCACAGAUACUCACCAUCCCCACUGAACUCACCACGGUGCCAGUCCCCAUCCACAAACACAGACUUUGGCAGGGCAACAGGCACCCGGAUUCACACCUCCCGGAGAGCAGUGCAGAAUUCCAUUCCGGAAAGGCUGAAAUAUUCUGGGAAUGAAGAAGAACUAAGGCACAGCAUGCCUAACCUGGCCAGAACAGGUCGGCGUUCCUUGGAGUCUAUAAAGAACAGUCGCAGCUUGGAGUCAGAUCUGCAGGUUCCCGGUAGUCGACUCUCCAGAAUCAAUCAGCCAUCGGCUGGUCUGCCUCCAAGUAAGCUCCGCUAUUCCUCGGGUGCUGGGAAGCCACCCUUAAUAGUCCGACAGCCAAUGAAAGCAGGUUCUUGUGCCAGUAGUCCCAUAACACCACAGCAGUCCGUUAGAGCUGCUGGUUUUGCCAGUACUGUUGGCAGAGUUCGAAAGCUACAGUCUUCCACACAGCAUCCAAAUUCUGCUGGUGGUGGUAGUUUGGUGGCUAGAAGCAAUAGUAUGGCCACAGGAGCAAAACACGCCCUUCCAAAAAGUAGAACGUCCAUUGGGGGAACAUCCUCCCUGAAGAGCAAGCUGGCACAGCCAGCCAAGAGAUUUCCGAAGGCCAGUGUUUCUGCUGAUGACUCUUGGAAAGAAGGGUGCUUCUGAGCCAAUGUGAAGUUACAGUGGUACCUCAGGUUACAUACGUUUCAGGUUACAGACACCGCUAACCCAGAAAUAGUACCUCGGGUUAAGAACUUUGCUUCAGGAUGAGAACAGAAAUUGUGCUGUGGUGGCAGCGGGAGGCCCCAUUAGCUAAAGUGGUACCUCAGGUUAAGAACAGUUUCAGGUUAAGAACAGACCUCCAGAAUGAAUUAAUUUCUUAACCCGAGGUACGACUAUACUGCUAAACAGUGACUGGUUGGUUUGGGAAAUACUGCAGUUGGACCAAGAGCCCAGCUGGCUGGGCAGGAGGAGGUUCUUAAAAGUCUACUCAUCUUUAGCAUCAGUGCACCUGAGCAACAGGGAUAUUUUUCUGAAUUCAUGCCACCUCUUUGCCUUUGUUUUAUUUCAGUGGUAGAAAUUGACUGCCUUUAUUUUGCUUUAGCUGUUAUAUUCUUAUUGCUUUGUACUUGGGAAUAUAGAAAGCUUCCUGAUUACACUUGAACAUUUGUUUGAACAUUCCCCCCCAAGGGGGGGGAGACGAGCACAGGAUAGUGCCCCUAUGGCUAUAAAAGCAUUUGAUUUUUUGGGGGGGUGGGGGUUUCCCUCCCAAAAAGCAUCUAGAGAAGUAGAAAUAAUUACAAAUUACAGUGUCAUAUGGGGUAUCUUAACUUUUCUAGGAACUUUUCAGAGGUUUUCUAAUUAUCCCAAGUAUGGGUAUCUCAGUUACUUUGAUUAUAGUAGUGGUUGAAGCUGGUUUUUGAUCAUUGAUAGUACACACUCCCAAAUAAAUAUAUCAAAACACCAA